GCACCGUUGUCAACAGUGCUGUGUUUUGUUCCACGUCAAAUACCAGCGAAAAGAAUCCAAAAUACGGUCGGCAGCGGCUGCGGGAAAAACUUGAUUUUGCAUUUAUUUAGUACAUUUUCUCUUCAAACAUGGUAUCCGUGCUAAACACGAUCGAUACCGGCCACGAGGACAUGAUCCACUGUGCCGAUGUGGACUAUUACGGCCUGCGGUUGGCCACUUGUUCGUCCGACAAUUCGGUGAAGAUUUUCGACAUCAAGAAUGGUGCUCAGACGCUAGCGGCCGAUCUGAAAGGCCACGGUGGUCCGGUGUGGCAGGUGGCCUGGGGCCAUCCGCGGUAUGGUAACGUGCUAGCAUCCUGUUCCUACGAUCGUAAGGUGAUCGUGUGGAAGGAGGCUGGUCCGGGCGAUUGGACCAAAUGGUACGAGUACAGCAAUCAUGACUCGUCCGUCAACUCGGUUGCUUGGGCACCGGCCGAGUAUGGCCUGGUGUUGGCCUGUGGUAGUUCCGAUGGAUCGAUUUCCGUUCUUACCGCGAACGUGGAGGCUGGCACGUGGGAUUGCAAGAAAAUUCCGAACGCUCAUACAAUCGGUUGCAACACAGUGAGCUGGUGUCCGGCGACCGUCCCCGAACCGGCGUUCGAUCAGCGUCCGAGCAAAACGAACCUCGCCGUCAAGCGACUGGUCUCGGGUGGGUGUGACAACGCGGUAAAGAUAUGGAAGGAGGACGGCGAUCGUUGGGAGGAGGAAAAGCGGCUCGAGCUGCACUCGGACUGGGUGCGCGAUGUAGCGUGGGCACCGAGCGUCGGUAUGCCGCGACAUCAGAUCGCUAGCUGCUCACAGGAUCGACGAGUCGUGAUCUGGACGAGUGACGAUCUAGUCAACUGGCAACCGGCCGUGUUGCACAACUUCGACGACGUCGUCUGGAACGUGAGCUGGUCAUUGACCGGCAACAUUUUGGGUGUUUCAGGCGGAGACAAUAAGGUCAGCCUGUGGAAGGAAACGAGCGAAGGACAAUGGAUUUGCAUUAGCGAAGAUACGAACAGCGCGUCUUCCGGGGCGGCACAAAACAACUUCAUACCGGAACAGCGGACACUGUGAAGUGAAGCGGCGCUUUGCGAACGUUCACACGCGUAUAGAAGAUAUUUUUUGGCUGGCCUGUAUUCCAUUGUAACUAAUGUAAUCAAUAAAGUGUAUUUUUAAAAUGUUAAUCCCUUA